AAAUAAGGUAAGUCAAAUUCUAUGGGAUCUGCAGAAGCGAUUCUGCAGCCUUUCCGCAGAGGCGUCUCACAUGUCCUUCCGCAGAGUGGUGCUUGCUGGUGAAAUGUCAUUUGGUGAAUGCAGGCAAAUUAAGAAAACUGUAUACAUUUAAAAGUCAUGGCUGCCCAGAUAUCAGAAUCAGAUCAAAUAAAACAAUUCAAAGAAUUUUUGUCAACAUACAAUAAGCUUACAGAGAACUGCUUUAUGGACUGCGUAAAGGAUUUCACCACCAGAGAAGUCAAAGCAGAGGAGGGCACCUGCUCGGAAAGCUGCCUGCAGAAGUACCUGAAGAUGACCCAGCGCAUCUCCAUGCGUUUCCAGGAAUACCACAUCCAGCAAAAUGAGGCCCUGGCGGCCAAGGCGGGCAUACUAGGCCAACCACGAUAAGGCUCCGCUGGCGGGUCGACGGAGCAAGGAGGUGCUGGGAAUCACGCCCCCGCCCAGGGUGUCCUGCCGGUCUUCACACCAACAGAGACCCUCUCCAUUAGAGAGAAGAGUCCAGAGCCUAGGGUGGGGCAGGCAGCUAUACAACCUGAAAUGCUUUCCCAUCUACCCAGUCCUCCUGGGCCUUGAGCCAGGUGCUGUGUGCUGCAGCCUUAGGCUGUUCGGCCUGACCUGCACACGGCCAGCCAGGUCACUGGUGGGGGGGUGGAUCACACUGUGCGGGUUCUUUAGUGUGUAUCAUAAGGCAGAAGGGAUCAUUCACCUGCUGGAGUCUGAGAGCUCAUUGUCUCAGUGCUACAUAUUAAAUACUGAAUGAAUGGU